UAUACCUUCCAAAGUCAAACGAGGAUCGUGUUUACAUUGGUUGUCAUCACCCACUAUUUGCUCACUUGCUCUACAGUGUUCACACAGAAAACUGACACUUGACAAGAUUGUCUUUAAUUUCUUUCGUGGGUAAAUUUACAAGUUUGUUAUGUUUUGUAGUACUUAGGACAUAGUGAUGUCAUCCCAGCCAACAAACCAACCUCAAACAUAUGAAACCACACUGAGUCCUUACUCACCAAGCAACACCAUGGCUCCUGGGUCUCCACCACCUCUGGGUUUCACGCACCCCACAAAACAAGCUCAGAGUGCCCAGCCUCCCUUCGUUGGGUCUCCAGGAAUCAUCACCAAGAGUCAGCAGGGCCAAGGAAACAUACAAAUGGUAAAACCAGCUACAGGAGCAGCAACCACAAACUUUAGAGAAGAAGCAAAGAUACUAGGGGUAAGUCUACUUACUAUGAGAAUUUUAAUUUUGCAUUUGCAAGGUUUGAUUGUCCUUAUAAGUUAUAUAGGUGGAGAGAAGUUUGCAAUCCAGAUCCUGACUGGAUUGAUGCACAUUGGUUUCAGAAUUAUUUUAGGUUUAAUGGACGCCAUUUAUGGACUAGUUUUUGCAUUUCUUUCCUUUGCUUUUAUUAGCGGAUAUGCGAUCCGGGGUGGCAUCUCUUUCAUCGCUACCAGUGCUCUCUAUAUACUGGCAUCCAAAGAGUUCUCCCCUAGUCUGAUUAGAGGCAGCCUAGGCAUGAAAACGGUCAGUGCGAUCUUUGUCUCCACUGGAGUGACUCUGCUGCUGCUGGAUGUGGGUAUGAAUGGGAUCCUCAGCCAAGACUGCUGGGCAAUUCUUGCUGGGAAAGGAAUCUCAGCCCUGCUGAUCAUGUUCUCGGUCUUGGAGUUCUGCACAAAUUGUACUGUAGCCCAUUCUGCCAACGAAGCAAUCACCAAGACCAGCAGGCCUGUCCUGGUUAUUCCAAAUGUGUAUGCAACCAGUACCUUGGCACCAGAGUCUUCCUCAGCUCCUCCCAGAGACGAUGGCCACCUCGCUUAUGCCAUUUAA